AUGGUACUGAGGCUUCAAUCCGUUCUGACCCUCUACCUGUCGGUAGUGUUGGCUUUCCUAGGCUUGUGGUGGUACACUUCUUGGAAGAAAGAGCGCCUUGCUGACAAGGAUGGCACAAAUGAGGAGACGACCAAAGACCAGGAGCAGCUGUCCUCCUACCCCAUAGACGUAGGUAACUGUGUUGUGGAGAACGGCCACUCUACUGGGAUGCAUAUGGACAGGCACGCAGUGAGGGAGAGGUUGUUAGUGGAACAGGAGCUUGUUGAUAGUACAAACACCCCAGCGGCAGCAGAGCUGGGUACAGUUCCACUCUGCCAAUCACAACCUGAGGUAAGGGUUAUGGCUGCAGACUGUCUCGGUAGUGACCUGGAUACUGCUGCCGUGAAGCCUAUUACAGAGAGCACUGAGUCUUCAGCUCAAGUGUUCCCAGAGACUGCAUCUGAGAGCCAAGCCCAGGGUGGACCUGAGAAUGAUCUAGCAUUACAAAGGAAACACCAGCCAUGUUCUGAUGUGGAGCAAGUCGACUCUGUGACCUAGGCUCUGGUAAAUCUAAUGUCUGCAGUGAAAGUGCAGGUAUAAAUCCACAACCACCACCACCGUCUGAGACACUGGAGGACACUACAAACAGCACUUUGAACCAAGAAACUGCAGAGGUUAGACUGGACCCAGAGGGAGAGGUUAGACUGGACCCAGAGGGAGAGGUUAGACUGGACCCAGAGGGAGAGGUUAGACUGGACCCAGAGGGAGAGGUUAGACUGGACCCAGAGGGAGAGGUUAGACUGGACCCAGAGGGAGAGGUUAGACUGGACCCAGAGGGAGAGGUUAGACUGGACCCAGAGGGAGAGGUUAGACUGGACCCAGAGGGAGAGGUUAGACUGGACCCAGAGGGAGAGGUUAGACUGGACCCAGAGGGAGAGGUUAGACUGGACCCAGAGGGAGAGGUUAGACUGGACCCAGAGGGAGAGGUUAGACUGGACCCAGAGGGAGAGGUUAGACUGGACCCAGAGGGAGAGGUUAGACUGGACCCAGAGGGAGAGGUUAGACUGGACCCAGAGGGAGAGGUUAGACUGGACCCAGCGGGAGAGGUUAGACUGGACCCAGCGGGAGAGGUUAGACUGGACCCAGAGGGAGAGGUUAGACUGGACCCAGAGGGAGAGGUUGGAGAAGACAAGAUGUCAGUGCAUUUUGCAGAGGUGAGGCUGCAAACCAAUCUGGCUAAGAACUCCCUCUUCUCCAAAGACAUCCUGCCUGCUGUGGAAGAACCAACCUGUGAGUGAAGUCGACAGGAUGACACCUGUUUGGCUUCCCCCAGCCACCUAAUAAGCAGUCAGGUGUCUGCCUCAAGGCUGACGUGGUCUCUGCAGCAGUGAGUCAAUUCCUGAAGGAAAAGACCCUGCUAGGACAUAGUGUUAGUCCUCUCCGUAGCAGGGACCCCUGCAAAGCCCCGGACCACAUCUCAAUGGAUAACAGUGAACCUGAGAGUGAGAUGCCUCCUCUAUUGCAGGAGGAUCAGUGUUCAACAACCGGCAGAGAGUCUCCUAUAGUUCAGGAGGAUGUGAAACACGACCGCAGCAGUACAGUUGAGAUUGAGACUGAGAAGACCGAGCUAGCAAAAGAAGAUUCUGCAGUAGGUGAUUCUGGAUCUAGCUCAGGCCAGACCGAAGAGGGCUCCAGUGGCAAGGACUUGAGCACCAGUGUGAGCCUGCAACCACCCAGGGUACCAGCUGAAGGACUGGGGGCCACCAGCAUGUCCUUCACUAACGGCCACAGGAUGGAGGAGGUGGACAUUCCGGGUGAGCCGCCACAAAGCAGACUUUCAACUUCUCACAAUAUAUCGGCAUCCUUUCUGUCCAAGCUGGCCUGUUUUAAAUAUAUUUAUUUUCCUUUUAUGCACAGUUUCAAGUACGAGAACUCUUGCCAUGACAGGAUGUGUUCUCUUCCCUGUUACUGUUGGGCUGUGUUUGCUAGUUUGUUGUGUACACAACACAAGUGACUGUUUUUAGUGACUGAUCCUUGCUGCCCCCAGGCUCUGAUGUGAACAGCAUGGACUGUGUAGACAGUUACUGUGAACACGAAGCCAGGGACAACAAGCAUAGCAACAGUCCCAGUCCACCAAGUCAACUACUGAACACCGAUCAGGCAAUUGUAAAAUACAUCCAAAGUCACAACAGCAGCCAGCCACUGACUGUUUGGGAGAUAGAGGUGCCAAAGGUGAGUCUACCUCCCUGUCUAACCCUCAUCAUUCCUCCACCACCUUACUGAUAAUGUAUUUUCUCUGGCUACUGAUUUCCAGUUUAGGUUCUCUAAUGUAGGUGAUAUGAGGGCUUGUAGAUAUAGCCUUGUUGUUACAGUAGUGUGCUGCAGUCAUCUCUCUGUAAGUGAGACUGAGACCUGGUGCUCCGGUGACCUGGGUACAGCUGUCUGAUUCAUAGGGCUGUGGUUGGGCUAUAAUAAUGGCACGGUGGUUGGGCUAUAAUAAUGGCACGGUGGUUGGGCUAUAAUAAUGGCACGGUGGUUGGGCUAUAAUAAUGGCACGGUGGUUGGCCUAUAAUAAUGGCAUGGUGGUUGGCCUAUAAUAAUGGCACGGUGGUUGGGGCUGUGGUUGGGCUAUAAUAAUGGCACGGUGGUUGGGCUAUAAAAAUGGCACAGUGGUUGGGGCUGUGGUUGGCCUAUAAUAAUGGCACGGUGGUUGGGGCUGUGGUUGGGCUAUAAUAAUGGCACGGUGGUUGGGCUAUAAUAAUGGCACGGUGGUUGGGGCUGUGGUUGGGCUAUAAUAAUGGCACAGUGGUUGGGCUAUAAUAAUGGCACAGUGGUUGGGGCUGUAAUAAUUUGACAGUGGUUGGGGCUGUGGUUGGGUUAUAAUAAUGGCACGGUGGUUGGGGCUGUUGGGCUAUAAUAAUGGCACGGUGGUUGGGGCUGUGGUUGGGCUAUAAUGGCACAGUGGUUGGGGCUGUAAUAAUUUGACAGUGGUUGGGCUAUAAUAAUGGCACAGUGGUUGUGGCUGUUGGGCUAUAAUAAUGGCAUGGUGGUUGGGGCUGUAGUUGGGCUAUGAUAAUGGCACAGUGGUUGGGGCUGUGGUUGGGCUAUAAUGGCACGGUGGUUGGGGAUGUGGUUGGGCUAUAAUGGCACGGUGGGUGGGGCUAUAAUAAUGGCACGAUGGUUGGGGAUAUAAUAAUGGCACAGUGAUUGGGGCUGUGGUUGGGUUAUAAUGGCACGGUGAUUGGGGCUGUGGUUGGGUAGUGUGUAAAGGGAGUCCUGCUGCCCUGCCUGUUGUCAUACUCUCCUCAGGUUCUCACUCAAGAGGUCACUCCAUAGAGCCAGGCACACAGAGAGGGGGAGUGAUCUCUCUUUCCAAUUACUCUUAGAAGUGCCUGGUGGUAUUGGUUACAUCUGAGCAAACUGAACCCAUGUUAUCAGAGCAAGAGUGAACUGGACAGAUGUGUGCAUGCUCACAGAGAAAGACGCAUACCUUCUAGUGUAAUAUAGUAACUUAUGCAUGAUACACUCUUUUGUAUUCUCUGGUUUCACUCCAACAGCAUUUUGUUGGUAGAUUGAUUGGGAAGAAGGGGCGAUAUGUGAACUAUCUGAAGGAGACGUCUGGAGCUACGGUCUUUAUCACCGCCCUGCCUUACACCCAGGAGUUCCACAUCUGCCACACAGAGGGUGAGUGCCCCAGGACCUGCCUCUCCACAACAGGACAUCACUUGUAGUUGGGAUUUGGGAACCUAGGCUUUGGGAGCUGUAGUGGCGCUAGUGGCUCGCUCAGUUUGUCCUAGUUCCUCCAGGGUCAAAGGAACAGGUCUAUUGUGCUCUGGAGCUGAUCAGGAAGAAGUUCAAAGAUCUGGAUGUGACCAACUUAUGUCCAACCUCCAGUGGCCAGCCUGCCCCCUCUCUCCAUCACAUCCUGGGUAAGCUUGGCUGAAGCAGUGUUGCCAACUAAUCUUCAGGGGAAGUUGCUAGAAGCAGGUCGAUUUGUUGCUAAAUGACGUUGUGAUGUCAUUGCGUGAUGACGUAAUAACGUAAACGUAGAAUACACAAUAACGUUACUCAAAUUGACUGGCCAUCUCUGCAAAAAAUAUGAUUUGACAUUUGUUAGUUUAGAUUUGUUUGUUUAUUAUCACAUUUAUAUUUGUAAAAGUAAUAUAAACACAACACAUUUUAUAUGAUCAGAUAUUUUUAAACACAUUUACAUUUUACAUUUACAUUUUAGUCAUUUAGCAGACGCUCUUAUCCAGAGCGACUCACAGCCAGUGAAUACCUUUUCUUUUUUUUUUCUUUUUUUUUUAUACUGGCCCCCCAUGGGAAUCGAACCCACAACCCUGGCGUUGCAAACGCCAUGCUCUAUCAACUGAGCUACAUCCCUGCCGGCCAUUCCCUCCCCUACCCUGGACGACGCUGGGCCAAUUGUGCGCCGCCCAUGAGUCUCCCGGUCGCGGCCGGCUGCAACAGAGCCUGGAUUCGAACCAGGAUCUCUAGUGGCACAGUUAGCACUGCGAUGCAGUGCCUUAGACCACUGCGCCAGGAGCUCACCACAUUGAACACCACAUUGAAUUAUUGAAGAAUUACACUUUUUUUUUUUUUUUACUAGUAAACCUACACAUUAUGAACAAUUAUAGUUUUAAGCAGUGUAUUGGUAGGUAACAUGCUACCUAACUGAUCAACAAUUAUAGGUACAAGCUAAUAACAAGGUAUAUAUGCUAUUUUAUUGAACAAGCAACUUAACUCAAAUAAUGUCUCCCCAGGCAUCUCUCCCCAGCUCUCUCCAGGUUGUAGUGCUUCUUGACUGGCUACAGUGAGGGGGAAAAGUAUUUGAUCCUCUGCUGAUUUUGUAAAUUUGCCCACUGACAAAGACACGAUCAGUCUAUAAUUUUAAUGGUAGGUUUAUUUUAACAGUGAGAGACAGAAUAACAACAAAAAAAUCCAGAAAAACGCAUGUCAAAAAUGUUAUAAAUUGAUUUGCAAAACAUGACUUAGUACUUGGUGGCAAAACCCUUGUUGGCAAUCAGAGGUCAGAUGUUUCUUGUAGUUGGCCACCAGUUUUGCACACAUCUCAGGAGGGAUUUUGUCCCACUCCUCUUUGCAGAUCUUCUCCAAGUCAUUAAGGUUUCGAGGCUGACGUUUGGCAACUCGAACCUUCAGCUCCCUCCACAGAUUUUCUAUGGGAUUAAGGUCUGGUGACUGGCUAGGCCACUCCAGGACCUUAAUGUGCUUCUUCUUGAGCCACUCCUUUGUUGCCUUGGCCGUGUGUUUUGGGUCAUUGUCAUGCUGGAAUACCCAUCCACGACUCAUUUUCAAUGCCCUGGCUGAGGGAAGGAGGUUCUCACCCAAGAUUUGACGGUACAUGGCCCUGUCCAUCGUCCCUUUGAUGCAGUGAAGUUGUCCUGUCCCCUUAGCAGAAAAACAACCCCAAAGCAUAAUGUUUCCACCUCCAUGUUUGACGGUGGGGAUGGUGUUCUUGGGGUCAUAGGCAGCAUUUCUCCUCCUCCAAGCACGUUGAGUUGAUGCCAAAGAACUCGAGUUUGGUCUCAUCUGACCACAACACUUUCACCCAGUUCUCCUCUGAAUCAUUCAGAUGUUCAUUGGCAAAUUUCAGACGGCCCUGUAUAUGUGCUUUCUUGAGCAGGGGGACCUUGCGGGCGCUGCAGGAUUUCAGUCCUUCACGGCGUAGUGUGUUACCAAUUGUUUUCUUGGUGACUAUGGUCCCAGCUGCCUUGAGAUCAUUGACAAGAUCCUCCCGUGUAGUUCUGGGCUGAUUCCUCACCAUUCUCAUGAUCAUUGCAACUCCACGAGGUGAGAUCUUGCAUGGAGCCCCAGGCCGAGGGAGAUUGACAGUUAUUUUGUGUUUCUUCCAUUUGCGGAUAAUCGCACCAACUGUUGUCACCUUCUCACCAGCUGCUUGGCGAUGGUCUUGUAGCCCAUUCCAGCCUUGUGUAGGUCUACAAUCUUGUCCCUGACAUCCUUGGAGAGCUCUUUGGUCUUGGCCAUGGUGGAGAGUUUGGAAUGUGAUUGAUUGAUUGCUUCUGUGGACAGGUGUCUUUUGUACAGGUAACAAACUGAGAUUAGGAGCACUCCCUUUAAGAGUGUGCUCCUAAUCUCAGCUCGUUACCUGUAUAAAAGACACCUGGGAGCCAGAAAUAUUUCUGAUUGAUAGGGGGUCAAAUACUUAUUUCCCUCAUUUAAAAUGCAAAUCAAUUUAUAACAUUUUUGACAUGUGUUUUUCUGAAUUUUGUUGUUAUUCUGUUAAACCUACCAUUUAAACAGGUUGUCUGGGAGCCUUACUUGCAGCUCCUUGCUUAAAGCAACAAUGUAAUUGAUGCACUGUCUCCGAAUGACCUUUUCAUCCUCUGGCGCAAGACUGAGUUGGUACACCGUGCUCUCGAAGGUUCCCAAGGUAUGGUGAUGGACUGAGAUGUCCAUCAAUGGCAUCCUUCAGGACAUCAAUUUUUGCUAUAGGGUUGACUACUCUGGUGCAAAUUGAUGUUAAGAGGUGUACUAGAUUGUCCAAAAGCUUGACAGGAUCUGUUUGCUCUCCCUCAAAUGACUUCACUGCAACUUGUACGUCGGACAGGAUUGAUUUCAAGAAUGUCAAGUAGACAUAGUUGGUCUUGUCCAUGUACAUGGCUUGGAGCACAUCCGCCAUGUAGCAGUGCUCACUGGCCUUGAUCAACUCAGAGUGGAGUUUCAGUUCUUCCCACUGGCUCAAUAUACGAGUUACCGCAGGCUCAAUCAAUAGCCAACGUGUGGCACACACUUUGGUGAUCUGCAGGGGUUUCUGGCCACAAUUAAUAGUGGCAUACACUGCUUUGUACGCCUCGCGCCGUAGUUCCCUGAUUUUAAGUACUCAACACUGCUAGGGAUGGUUUCUUUGGAUGCUGCACUGACCGCCAAUUGUAAAGAAUGGCACACACAGUGGAUGAGUACCAAAUUGAGCAAUGCACAUUCUUCCAUUAAAAUCUUGUGCAGCCCGUUGUGCACCACAGUCAUCAUUGACACAUUAUCAGUGUCAAUACCUUGAAGAUGAUCUUUUUUAAGGUUACACUUCUCAAUAAACUCUAAAUAAAGUUGAAGUGUACCUAUGAUAAAAAUUACAGACCUCUACAUGCUUUGAAAGUAGGAAAACCUGCACAAUCGGCAGUGUAUCAAAUACUUGUUCUCCCCACUGUGUGUGUAUGUGUGUAUGCAUGUAUAUACUCAGCAAAAAAAGAAACGUCCUAUCACUGUCAACUACGUUUAUUUUCAGCAAACUUAACAUGUGUAAAUAUUUGUAUGAACAUAACAAGAUUCAACAACUGAGACAUAAACUGAACAAGUUCCAUGUGACUAACCGAAAUGGAAUGAUGUGUCCCUGAACAAAGGGGGGGUCAAAAUCAAAAGUAACAGUCGGUAUCUGGUGUGGCCACCAGCUGCAUUAAGUACUGCAGUGCAUCUUCUCCUCAUGGACUACACCAGAUUUGCCAGUUCUUGCUGUGAGAUGUUACCCCACUCUUCCACCAAGGUACCUGCAAGUUCCUGGACAUUUCUGGGGGGAAUGGCCCUAGCCCUCACCCUCCGAUCCAAUAGGUCAUGCUCAAUGGGAUUGAGAUCCGGGCUCUUCGCUGGCCAUGGCAGAACACUGACAUUCCUGUCUUGCAUUGUCAUGCUGGAGGGUCAUGUCAGGAUGAGCCUGCAGGAAGGGUACCACAUGAGGGAGGAGGAUGUCUUCCCUUUAACGCAUAGCAUUGAGAUUGCCUGCAAUGACAACAAGCUCAGUCCGAUGAUGCUGUGACACACCGCCCCAGACCAUGACGGACCCUCCACCUCCAAAUCGAUCCCGCUCCAGAGUACAGGCCUCGGCGUAACGCUCAUUCCUUCGAUGAUAAACGCAAAUCCGACGAUCACCCCUGGUGAGACAAAACCGCGAGUCGUCAGUGAAGAGCACUUUUUGCCAGUCCUGUCUGGUCCAGCGACGGUGGGUUUGUGCCCAUAGGUGACGUCUGGUGAGGACCUGCCUUACAACAGGCCUACAAGCCAUCAGUCCAGCCUCUCUCAGCCUAUUGCGGACAGUCUGAGCACUGAUGGAGGGAUUGUGCGUUCCUGUUGUAACUCUGGCAGUUGUUGUUGCCAUCCUGUACCUGUCACGCAGGUGUGAUGUACCGAUCCUGUGCAGGUGUUGUUACACGUGGUCUGCCACUGCGAGGAUGAUCAGCUGUCCGUCCUGUCUCCCUGUAGCGCUGUCUUAGGCGUCUCACAGUACGGACAUUGCAAUUUAUUGCCCUGGCCACAUCUGCAGUCUUCAUGCCUCCUUACAGCAUGCCUAAGGCACGUUCACGCAGAUGAGCAGGUACCCUGGGCAUCUUUCUUUUGGUGUUUUUCAGAGUCAGUAGAAAGGCCUCUUUUUUAGUGUCCUAUGUUUUCAUAACUGUGACCUUAAUUGCCUACCGUCUGUAAGCUGUUAGUGUCUUAACGACCGUUUCACAGGUGCAUGUUCAUUAAUUGUUUAUGGUUAAUUGAACAAGCAUGGGAAACAGUGUUUAAACCCUUUACAAUGAAGAUCUAUGAAGUUAUUUUGAUUUUUACGCAUUCUUUGAAAGACAGGGUUCUGAAAAAGGGGCGUUUCUUUUUUUGCUGAAUAGAUAGAUGGAUAUAGAUAAUACAUAAGCCCAGAAAUAAAAACACAUUGUCCAGCAAAAAAUAUCGUAAUGAAAAAUAAAUAUAUUCUAGAAAUCACAUUGGCUAUCCAUGGAGGUUGGUUCAGGUUGUCUUUCAAUCACAUCACUCUGCCAGUCUACUGCUCCUGUCUGUGUUGAGCUCACACUCACUAGCAAACUUUUAACAUUGUAUCAACUGGGCCCUGCCAGCAAAGUUCCUGUGAGUCCAUGACAGACACAAACCUUUCCACCAAGGAAGAUUUAGAUUAUGUAAUUUUGCUACCUCUCAUCGAAUGCCUGGUUGUGUAAUUGGCUUAACAGUGCAAAUGAAGAUAGCUAGUACCAAAUAAAUCAACACUGAAACAGAGGAUAUUAAUAAGCCAGAUGGACAGAGAUGUGCAUUGUGUAAGGAGCCAACGUUCACUUGGUAGGCUAUCAUUCCUCCUUGCAAAAUUAUUGCAAUCACUUCCAUGUGGUGUCAAUGAAUCGGCAGUCGAUUCUCCUAAAAAUAAAAAAACAUUAACUACACGUGACCAUUCAGAUGGGUAUCUAUUUAAUAUGGCCGGUAAAUCUCACAUUUUGUCCAGCAAAUUAAAAUCUGGUCAGACAUUUGACCGGCACGUUUUAUUCCUAGUGGAAACACUGCGAUUAAUGGUGGGAUUGAUGUUGAUGAUACUCCUCCCACAGAUCUGACUUUGUGGCGUUGCCUUUCCAAGGGUCUGAGGUGAUCCUGGAAAAUAUUGCACCCCUUCCAGGUAUGUUUCAGCUCUAUUUCUUUAUUCUCUACUUUAAGAAAACAGAAUAUCAAAAUGUUAAAUUCUGUAUUUAAACAUGAAUUAAAGUUCAUGCUCAUAUCUCGGUGUUAUCUCUUCCUUUUCUACUAGGAGAAGAGUUUUCAGCACUGGAGGAAAUGACACAAGGAUUGGCACUACUUGCACAGGUAGAGAAAAUAAGUGCAUGGAUAUGUGUACAGUCAGCACAAAGACAUAAGGAGAGGUAGUCCCUGUUCUUACUCUGUAUAUCUGCACACACCUCAGGUCACAAACUGUCACACCAGUGGCAUUCCUUUGGUACAGAUAUGGAGAACAGAAGGAGAAGAG